AUGUCAAGUACAAUAUUCUAUAAGUUCCGCUCCCAGAAAGGCACGUCUCGGAUUCUGUUUGAUGGUACAGGUAUUACAGUGUUCGACCUCAAGCGAGAGAUUAUACAAGAGAACCGAUUAGGCGAUGGCACGGAUUUCCAACUAAGGCUUUACAACCCUGAUACCGGCGAGGAGCUGGAGGACGACUCGUAUGUGAUCCCUAGGUCAUCUAAUGUUGAAGUACGGAGGUCUCCCGCGAUCAAGGUUAGUGGGCUAAACGGUCGGACGUCUUUAGGCAACGCGACUAGGUACAUCACAGGAAAACCUCGAGUAAUGAAAGCGACGAGCCAUGCGUCGCCGGCAGUGAGCGCUGCACUUAAUACUAAGGGAAUGAGUGAAGAGGAUGCUAUCGCUAGUAUGUUUGCGAACCAGGAGAACCAGUGGCAGCAAACUCAACAGGAGAUGUCUUCCGCAACGCCAAUCUUCCACAAGACAGGCGCGGCAGCGGGGCAAGAUGAAGGGCCCCCACCACCCGGAUACAUGUGUUACAGGUGUGGUGGUAAAGACCACUGGAUCAAAAACUGUCCUACAAACUCAGACCCCAAUUUUGAGGGCAAGCGCAUACGGCGGACAACUGGUAUCCCCAAGAAGUUCCUAAAAUCGGUAGAAAUAGAUCCCUCCACAAUGACCCCGGAGGAAAUGGCACAGCGUAAAAUCAUGGUUACAGAUGACGGCAGUUUCGUCGUCCAAGUGGCGGACCAGCACUCGUGGGAGGACUACCAGAGGAAACAACAAUCCCGUGUCAUGAACCACGCCGACGCAAUAUGGGCAAAAGACCACUUUGCGAAUUUAUCGGAGGACCUUAAAUGCCCGAUUACUGGCGGGCUGUUGAAAGCACCCGUGAAGACAAGCAAGUGUUGUAACAAAACAUUCUCGCGACAAGCGCUGGAAGAUUUGCUGGUUGAGCACGACUUUGUGUGUCCAGGCUGCGGUGCUGAGGAGACGCUUCUGGACACGCUGGUAGUGGAUGAAGAGAAGGAGAAGCAAGUUGAGGCGUUUUUGAGUGAGAAUAGCGUCAAACGGAAAGAUGCAGAUGCGGACGGGAGAGACGCAAAGAAACCGAAGCUCGCAAUGCCUGUGCCACCCUUUGGUAUGCCAUUUCCCAUGUUUCCAAUGCCUUUCUUGCCAAACAUGAAUCCUACCAAGCAAUAG